AUGAUUUCAACGACCUUUGUGGAUGCGCGUGCACGUCGUCGACGGCGUCAAUUAUCAUCAGCGAGUUAUUAUAUAUCGGAUAUAAAUCCUUAUUCGAGUUCUUAUUCUGCUACAGCACCUCUAACAUACCCAUCGGGUUCAUAUUAUAAUGGUCCUAAUUAUGGUUAUCCAAAUAUGGGUGUUACUGGAGAUCAGCCUAUGUAUUCAGCGGAUAACAGUGGUGUUCAGAAUCAAUAUGGUGGAGGAUAUCCAUCUAAUUAUAACAAUAAUAAUCAGUAUCCGUUUGGAACAAAUCAGAAUUAUCAGCUUCCUAAUUUAGGAAGUACCUAUGGUAGUGGACUAUAUGGAGCAUAUGGAUCACUGUUGUAUGGUUAUGCACCUGUAGGAUUUAACAAUCAAUAUCCCAAUUGGCAACAAGGAAAUAUUGCUCAAUAUUAUACAGGUGGAACCGGUAGUGGUUUAUCUAAUCCUGGCUUUCAAUGGUAUCGAAAAUUUCGAAAUGUUCCUAUUCAAGGACAAUUAAAUGAAAAUUUCGAUCGUAAACCUAUGGGUCCAAAUCCACAAUUGCCUAUGGAAAACCAGGCCAUGCCCAAUGUUCGAGCUAAACGAAGAGUUCGAUCAAAUUUACAGAUAUGA